CAUCCCGCGAGGAAUGAUGGUAUUUGUGAGGGAAAUUGCAAACCUGGAUAUGAAGGAUCAGCAUGUGAAAAAAGUUCCCACACUGGUGACACCGAUGAAACAACAGACAACACAGGCAUUAUUAUAGGUGUAAUCAUCUCAUUGUUGCUUAUUAUUCUUAUAAUAGCCGUGGCUUGUUGUUACUGGAAGAAGCGUCAGUCUGGAGAUUACGUCAUGGAGGACGAGGAGAUGGAAGAUCCUACACAAAAAGACCCAAACACCCUAUCUGUCCAUACAAAUUCACACAUGCAACCGUCUUCACCUUUGCUCGGCCAUUCAAUGGAUAUGAUAGAACUCGACGAGAAGCAAAAUUUUGCUGUGUACGCUGGUCCUGGACGCGGACAGACAGAAGAAAACACGCCAAAUGGCAAUGGGCUGGACCAGAAUAAUCCUGAGAAUAAUGGUGCCAAUGAAGCAGACGACCGUGAGAACGAUACAGAAGACGGUAAAGUAGAUGACACUGCUGGCAAAAAAGAACGAUGUACUUCAUCUGUAGUGAUGGAGAUUGGGAAAGGUGGCAGGGUGUUGUCCGUAUCAGACGGUGAUGAAGCGCAAUCGCCAACAUUUACUAAAGAAGUAAAUGUAGCUAUUGGAGAAGAAAAUGAAACCCACGAUGACGACAGCGCAUUUGCUGACCCGCCACAUAGUCCACUAGGAGCCGUUCGAGCUCCAUUAGCUUCCGAGGAGAAUAUUCUGGCUAGUCUAGGUCCUAAAGAGAUGGAAGAUGAUCCGGCGGACAGACCUGGUGGAUUUGAUGACGAAGGAAAAGACAGAGAAUCAAACAGGUCAAGGUCAAGUAGCUCAUCCAGCUCCAAAUCAAAAUCCAGCAAGUCAAGUAAUGAAGAAGUGACGGAAAUGUGACCAUAUCAUGUAGAACAAUAGUAAAAUAACCUGAAUAUAUAGACCAUCUAUGACAAUAAUACAUUAUCAUAUAUGCCAGUACAAUUGUAGUACGGUGAUUAUUACAUUUAAACAUUGAAAUGUUUUAAUAGCAAUGUCAAUAGUAAAGUGAACCAACAAUAAAGUGAUAUUAACGCGUAAACUAAUGGUAAAAUAAUAUUCAGACAUGACUCUAAGAUUGUACAUUAAUAGGAAACAAAUCAGUAUGAACGUUUUUCACGAAUAUAUCUAUAAAAAGUGACAUUUAAACGUUAGCCAUUAGGAAAGUGCCAUUUUCUUGCAGUCUAUAGGAAAGUAAUAUUUACGUGUCAGUCUUUAGGAAAGUAACAUUUACGUGUCAGUCUAAUAGGAAAGUAACAUUCACGUAUAAGUCAAUAGGAAAAUGACAUUCAUGCACGUGUAAGUCAAUAGGAAAGUGACAUUCAUGCACGUGUAAGUCAAUAGGAAAGUGACAUUCAUGCGCUAGGAAGUUAAUAAGAAAGUGAUAUUCAUGCGCGUGGAAGUCAACAGGAAAGUGACAUUCACGCAUCAUUCAAUAGAAAAAUGACAUUCACGAGUCAGUCAAUAAGAAAGUGAUAUGCACGUGUAGAUUAUUAAUUAAUUAACAUUCUGGUAAAAAAUUGGUAAAUGAUAUAUAAAAAUAAGGAUAUAUUGUAGGAGACAUUGCAUUAGAUAUGAAACUUUUGGAUGAUACUACGUGUAAAAAUUGUAUAUGUAAAUAUAUUACAAUGUAUUUUGAUAAUUGCAUAUAAUGUUCCGUUUUGUCUAACUAAAAUUCAUCAAUAUAAUGUAUAACUCAGUAACCUUUGAUUUUUAGGGACAAUACAGGAAUGUUUAUCUCAACAUUCUUUUGCAUGUAUCUACACAGGCAUACUGUACAUGUCUUUUCUACUAAUUUCAAAAGUGGACAUUUCACUGUAAUGUUCACUUUUGCGUCAUUUGUUUAAUGUCUGAAAUUAAAUUUUUUUUUUAAAUAAAUGAUUUAAUGGUGAACAAAAUAUUUUGAAACCACUUGUUUAUAUAAAUUCUGAUAUCAAGUUAUCUCCAUAUCGCUAUACAUGUAUAUACAAGUAGUAAGCCCUGUAUCAUAUUAACAUAUCUUUUAUAUCUUCUAAAAUCAUAGAAUUCAUAUUUAUAUAAAAUAUAAUAUUUUUGCAUUAUACAUCGAAAGUUAAAAAAAUUUAUUAUUAUUGUAUUAUUCACCAUUGCUAUUUUAUGUUUUAUGUGCUAACCUGUACACACGUGCUAAUCUGUACAUCCUUGCUAACCUCUACACUGGUGCUUACCUGUACAUUCGUGCUAGCCUGUACAUGCGUGCUAGCUUGUACAUCCAUGCUAGCCUGUACAUGCGUGCUAGCUUGUACAUUCGUGCUAGCCUGUACAUAUGUGCUGGCCUGUACAUCCGUGCUAGCUUGUACAUUCGUGCUAGCCUGAACAUCCGUGCUAGCCUGUAUAUUCGUGCUAGCCUGUACAUAUGUGCUAGCCUGUACAUAUGUGCUAGCCUGUACAUUCGUGCUAGCCUGUACAUCCGUGCUAGGCUGUACAUACGUGCAAGCCUGUACAUUCGUGCUAGCCUGAACAUGUGUGCAAGCCUCUACAUUCGUGCUGGACUGAACACACGUGCUAGCAGUACAUAAGUGCUAGCCUGUACAUACGUGCUAGCCUGUACAUACGUGCUAACCUGAACAUACGUGCUGGCCUGUACAUCCGUGCUAGCCUGUACAUAUGUGCUGGCCUGUACAUCCGUGCUAGCCUGUACAUAUGUGCUGGCCUGUACAUCCGUGCUAGCCUGUACAUACGUACUAACCUGUACAUCCGUGCUAGCCUGUACAUACGUGCUAACCUGUACAUCCGUACAAGCCUGUACAUAUGUGCAAGCCUGUACAUACGUGCUAGUCUGUACAUCCAUAAUAAUAAUAAUAAAAAUGAUAAUAAUCAUCAUCAUCAUCACAUCAUCAUCAUAGCAAUAAUGUAUUGUACAUAGCAACUUCAUGCGUUGUAGGAUAAACGAAUGACUGAAAUAUUAUGAUAAAAGAGUAUAUACAUUUUUUGUACAUAUAAUAUUGUUCGUACUUUUUUCUUUUGAUAGUGAUACUUUGUCAUAAAAACUCUGCCAGAGUUUUCAUGGAAACAAAAUGUAUUCUUCAAUAAAAAUCAAUAUUGCUAUUUGGGUAUGAUUGUUUUAUUAUGAUAAAUUUUAUUAUGAUAUAAAGAUACCAUUUUAUAGCUUAUAUUUUGUAACUUGUUAAUAGCAUAUACCUGCAGUGGCGAGCAUAAGUAAGUUACUUCACUGUUGUAUCUUGCUGUACAAUUUUUAACUUUAACAACAUGCCUUUUCUUAAAUUAGUUUGUUAAAGGAACUCCACUGAGGUCUAAAUGCCAGAAAAAUUAAAUUUCAAAAUCUUGCAAAAAUCAAGCGAAGCACUUAAAAUGGAAAAAAUCUGCAAAGGAUAACAAAAAAUAUACCCAGAAUUAAAUUGAAAAUUGGGGUUUUGUCCGAUUCAUAGUCGGAUUUGAGUGAAAAACGUUGCAAUGCUUUUCAUGUUUGGGUCUUUUUGCAAAGUAAAAUAAUGAUUAUUCUAGAAAAACGAGGUAUAGAAACGACCUGAACAUUUGCACACAAGUUAUGGUCCAGAUCACAUUAAUUGGUACUCAAUAUCUGCAAAUUAUUUACAGUCCCGUCAUGUCAAAAAACCUCAGUGAAGUCCCUUUAAAGACAAUGAAUUAUUCAAUGAAUGUAUUGUUUUUUUUAUAAUUUUGUUCUCACUUUUAUUCAAACUUUCUAUUACUAUGAAGUUACAUUCUGAUAAAUGAGAAGUAUGUUUUGUAAGAAUGUAAAAUGCCUUACGGGAUUCGAACCCCAAAUUGGUGAGUCCAAAACUUAUAUUGAUGCUUAGGACCUAUAUAAGAAAUGUAGAUUUAUUGUUUGAGUCAUUAUUUGCACAAAUAAACAUUUUAACGAAUGUACAUAUAUACUGUCUUUUUCGCUUUGAUUUUAAAACUAGCCACAUUUGUUAUUUUGUUCAGUUGACAGUUGUUGAAAUUUUGCUAAAUGAUAGUCAUGUUUGUGUGUGUGUGUGUGUGUAUGAAUAUUGUCUUAAAUACUGCAUGUACUGGAGCUUUAAACUAUUUUCCGGAUUAAAUUUGUGAAAACAUU